CACGUCCGGGGGAAGCCGCGCUCUGCGGCCCAACGUCGGCGGCGCAGCAGCUUCUGGGCUGGGGCGGCGCGGCGCGUCCCGGGCACGGGGGGGAGCGCAGCAGGAUGGCAGCGGUGACCCAGUGCAAGAUACCCAAGGAAGUGGCUGACAUUUUUAAUUCCCCCAGCGAUGACGAGGAUUUUCUUGGUUUUGGAGAUGAUGCUCCCAUGCAAACCUUGUCAUCAGAAGACAGCUCUGAUAGUUUUGAUUCAUUGGAGUCAGCAAAAAAGGAUGUUCGAUUUCAAUCCAAGUACCUGACUGAGGAACUGAGGAGAAUUUUCACUGAAGACACUGAUUCAGAAAGUGAAGUGUUUGAAGGCUUUGCUCCAAGUGACCUGGAUGUAAACAAUGCGAAUGGAAUGAUGCCAGUGAAGUCAGAUUUGAGUGAUGGAGAGAACAAUAAUUUCUCUUUACUGGGUAGUGAGGAGGAGGAGGAAGAAGAGAAGGCUUCCCCCAAGAGAAGCAGCUUUGGUCUUCGUGUGGCAUUUCAGUUCCCCACAAGAAAGUCUGCCAAGAAGAAGGUGCCUGAACCAACUUUUUCCAAGCUACACUUGCAAGACAAUAAACCCCCUAAAACUCUCACAAGAGAGAAAAGCAGCAAGCGAUGGAAGAAACUAGAGGGCUCUGCCUCAGAGUCUGAGGAGGAUGUGAAAGAGACUCAUGAAGAAAGCUCUAGUGCCCUGCUUAAAAGAGCCAUAAACAUCAAAGAAAAUAAAGCCAUGCUUGCCCAGUUGUUAGCAGAACUGAAUUCUAUACCUGAACUGUUUCCAGUGAAAACGGCCACCUCAACUCCUUCUAAACAGAAGAAAACCCCAAGGAGAACAUUUUCUGAAGGCCAGAUAGAGCGUCGUACAAACCCAACCAGAAAUGCUCGUCCACCAGAGAAAUUUGCCUUGGAAAACUUCACUGUGUCUGCGGCUAAAUUUGCAGAACACUUUCAUAAUUACAGACAACAAAAUCUCCUAAUAAAGAAGAGACUCAGUGGGGGUGACUGUGGAGUGCGCAAAAGAAGGAGGUCAUCUACAUACUCAUCUUACCGUCCUGUUGAAGAUAUUACUGAUGAGGACUUGGAGAAUAUAGCAAUUACAGUUAAAGAUAAAAUCUAUGAUAAAGUCCUGGGCAGUACGUGCCACCAGUGUCGGCAGAAGACAAUUGACACUAAGACAAUCUGUCGUAAUCAAGGCUGCGGGGGUGUGAGAGGACAGUUCUGUGGACCGUGUCUUCGUAAUCGAUAUGGUGAAGAUGUGAAAUCGGCACUUCUGGAUCCAGAUUGGAUUUGCCCUCCUUGUCGUGGUGUCUGUAACUGCAGUUACUGUCGCAAGCGUGAUGGCCGCUGUGCCACAGGAAUGCUCAUCCAUUUGGCAAAAUUUUAUGGUUAUGAUAAUGUUAAAGAAUAUCUUGAAAGUUUACAAAAGCAACUGAGUGAAGACAAUUGAAGAUGCUGAGCACAGCUGCCUGACCUGCAGACAAGUUUUUUUUUACUUCAGGGUUUAAAUUUUUUUAUUACAAUGAUGUUUAUACAAGAUAGAAUUGUAGAAUAUAGCUUUAGAUUUUUUUUUAACUGAUUGGUCUUUACUAAAACAUUUCCUGAGGAAUCAACAUGCAGAAUAUUCUUUUUAUGCAUAGACAUCUGUAUACAGAGCAGAACAGCACUUUUAAAUCUUCAGUGGUUAAUUUUCAGUAGGGCUACAGAACCAAGUAGGUGCUUAACUCCAAAGGCUGUGAAGGGAAGUGUGUGGCACUAAAAAUUUAAUGAGUGGCAGGGAGGAGGGUGAGAAUUCUUGGCCUAAGCAAA